AAUAUGCCGUUCUUGUGAAUUCCCUAACAGUCAGAUGUUUUAUGUCGACGUAAACCUUUUCUUUAUCAAUUUUUAAUUGGGAAAAUGAAUAUCGGAUUUCUAAAUAAUCUGUGAUACAAUGGAGCGAACCAAACGUGACCUAGAGACUUUAGUGUCUUCACAAAAGGAGCAGUUAGUUAGAUACGAAAAGCGUUUAAAAGAUGUAGUCACCGCUUACAAAGGCCUACUAAAAGAAAAGGAAGCUCUCGAAUCGUCUUUAGCUGCAUUAACGUCUCCGAAUGAAAAAAAUAACGAAAAAUCCGAUGUUAAUCAUGUCCCUACCGGUCAGAUGCCCGAAACUGCUAAGAGCUCUAAAAAUGCCCUCGCUACAAAUGUAUCAGUAGAAACUGAUUCAAGCAGUUUAGCGGAUGAAAAACAACAAAUGCAAACUCAAAUUAUGACGUUGAUGAAUUCACUUGCGACUUUAUCAGCAGAAAAGUCUCGAAUGGAAGCCUCCUUUCAAGCAGAUAAAAAAGCUUUACGAAAUCAGCUAACACUAAAGGAUCAAAAUAUAGCUGAUCUAAGAAAAGUUAUUAAAGAAAAUGAAGAUAAAGCUAGAGUACAUUUAGAUGAAAUGAAGGCUAAAUUAAUAAUAGAGUGUCAGGAGCGUGAAAAAGAAACUAAUAAUCAGAUGAUUAUGAUACGAGAAUUGCAAAAACUUUAUGCUGAUGAAAGACAUCUAAAAGAAAAUAUUGAAAUGCAAUUAAAUAACUUCAAAACACAAUUUGCCAGUAGUGACAACGAAAAUGCGCGAGUUCGUGACCUGCUAGCUCAACUUAACGAGUGUAAGGCACAGCUGAAGCAAAUACAAGCUAACGGCAUUGGAAAGCAAGAAGGUAAUAGAAAUAUUGAUGAUUCAGUUGAUAAUAUUGCAAUAAUAAGGCAAGUACAACAGCAAAUGCAACAACUUAAGGAACAGCACGCCGUUGCUAUAAAAAAUGAAAAAGAAAGGGUAUUACAAGCAGAAGAGUUAAGUCGCCGUCAAGCUGCAUUACACGAGGAUCGCGUUGCUAAUUUAGAGGCACGCUUGGCCGAACUAAGCAAUACUGUUGGAAAUUAUGAUAGAUUAAGACAGCAAGACCAAGAAAACAUUCAUACACUCCGAAAAAAACUGCAGGACCUUGAGCAUAACUCGGAAUCUUUGUCAAACUUCUCGAGUGUCAAUAUCACUAAUCCCGAAAAACUGCAUCGAAGGCUAAGCAACUCUAAACACGACAUAACUACAAUUGUUGAUGAGAUUCUUCGCUUGAAGAAGAUUAUUUUGGCAGAAAAUUCUUGCAACACCAACCCUGUAGAUUUAAGCAAAGUAUUUUCUAUUGUAGCAGAUCACGAACAGUGUCACGAAGAAUUAGCAAGUUUGCAACAACAAUACAAUUCUUGCAAGUCGGAAGUAAUGCAGUAUCAAGAGCGUUUGCAGGCCCAAAAAACUCAUAUAGCUACCCUACAAGAAAAGGUAAAGGUGCUGAAUCGCAAUAUCGAUGAACAAGAAAUAGAGUUGAAAAAUCAAGCAGAAAAGCUAAGACACGCAGUCAAGGAAGAACGUAUUAAAUGGAGAAAUAAAUUGAGUGAGUUGGAAAAUGAGACCCGGUGCAAAGUUGUUGACUUGGAACAACAAUUGCAAAAACAACGGCAGCGCUCCUUGCAUCUGCUUGAUGAAAAAGAACAAGAAAUCAAAACUUUACAAACAUCAUUCGAGGUUUUCCAUACUGCCACACUUCCGCCUAUGCCAACUGAUAUACAUUCUGAGCAGAAUGUAACUUCAGCUUCUGAUGCUGAAAGUAACGAUGGAGUUGGUGCAGCAUGUAGCCAGACACAGUCCACAGGUACGAAAAUCUCAAUUAAAUCUAAGAAGUUGUCGGUAGGUGAAAACUGUCACAUGUUACACUAUGCCAAUGAAUUAGCCCGUAAGGACAUCGAGAUAGCUGGAUUGCGCAAGACUAAAUACUCCGCAGAGUCAGCACUGCGUAAAGCUAUACAGGAGAAGGUGAAUGCACAGGAGGAGCUUGGCGAUAAAAUUGCAUUGCUGGAGGAGGAAGUGGACAGAUUAGAACGUUGCAAAACUCGCGAAGGAGCCAAUCUAGAGUAUUUGAAAAACGUGAUAAUUAGUUUUAUUGUAACGCGCGAUCCCGAUGGUAAACGUCAUAUGCUGAAUGCUAUUAGUGCUGUACUCCAGUUCACGCCGACUGAAAUGCAGACAAUUAAUAAUGCAUUCCAUAAAAAGUAAAAUUCUUUGUUAUAUAUUUUGUAUACAUACGUUUUAUGUAUAUAUAUUAAAUUUUACCAAAAAGGAAUUUAUUUAACAGUAUCAACAACUGAAACAAGCAAAGUUUUAAUAAAUAUUAUAAUGCACUUGAA